GCGGCAGCGGAGUGGCCGCCGGCAGCUCCGUCCGUUUAGUUGCUCGCGGUUCCUGUCGACCUCUGGCCCGCCCGCUGACGGGCGGUGGGAUGUGAGCGGUGCCCUUCGGCGUCCCCCGCCUUUGCGUAGGCCAUGUUCCCUUUGGACUCGGCUUGGAACAUCUCUUUCGCCGGCUGCGGCUUUCUGGGGGUCUACCACAUCGGCGUGGCCAGCUGCCUCCAGGAGCAUGCCCCUUUCCUCGUCGCCAACGCCCGGAAGGUGUACGGGGCUUCGGCCGGCGCGCUCACCGCCACCGCCCUCGUCAGCGGCGCCUGCCUCGGUGAGGCUGGUGCCAGCAUUAUUCGAGUGUCUAAAGAAGCACGAAAGAGGUUCCUGGGUCCACUUCACCCCUCUUUCAACUUGGUGAAGAUCAUUCGGCUCUGCCUGUCCAAGACUGUGCCAGAGAAUGGGCAUGAGGUGGCAGCAGGACGUCUGGGUAUUUCCCUCACACGAGUGUCUGAUGGAGAAAACGUCAUACUGUCAGACUUCCAUUCCAAGGAGGAACUGAUUCAGGCCUGUGUCUGCAGUACCUUUAUCCCUGUCUAUUGUGGGCUGAUACCUCCAACGUUGCGUGGAGUGAGAUAUGUUGAUGGAGGAAUUUCUGACAACUUGCCACGAUACGAGCUGAAGAACACGAUCACGGUGUCUCCGUUCUCAGGAGAGAGUGAUAUCUGCCCACGAGACAGUUCCACAAACAUGCAUGAGCUGAGAGUCACAAAUACAAGCAUCCAGUUCAACCUUCGCAACCUCUACCGCCUCUCAAAGGCCCUCUUUCCUCCAGAGCCACAGGUGCUGCGGGAUAUGUGCAAGCAGGGCUAUCGGGAUGCACUGCACUUCCUGAAGAAGAAUGGUCUCCUUCACCUUAAUCGUCCAAGUCCUGCUGGUCCUCUCCUUGCAAUAGAAGCCCCUCCAGGAGAGAAGAAAGAGGAAGAAGAAGCUGAGGACCAGAUGGAAAACAACACUGCCCUUGCUGUUGUUGAAGACCACAUCUUUGAACACUUACCUCCCAAACUGAACCAAGCUCUUUUGGAGGCUUGUGCUGAAAGAAGAGGUUUCUUGACUGGUAUUAGCAACACGCUGCCUGUACGUGUGGCCACUGCCAUGAUGGUCCCCUACCUGCUGCCUCUGGAGUCUGCUGUUUCCUUCACUGUCAGGUUGCUGGAAUGGCUUCCAGAUAUCCCUGAGGAUAUUAGAUGGAUGAGGGAGCAGAUAACUGAAAUCUGCAACUAUCUUGUGAAGAAAGCCAAGAAGAAACUGGGCAGCCAUCUUUCAGCCAGGCUUUACUAUCAUCUUGAGCUUGGUGGGCCCCAGAGCCUGCCAAUUUCUCCAGGAUCUCCUUGUGGUGAAGCAGUGCCUUUAUGGAUGAGAAGCAACCGUUCCCUGUCUGAUGUCAUGCUGAAGUGGGAGGAGUACCAGCGUCAGCUUGUGAUGGGCUUACUCUGCAUCAAUGUGGACAUGCAGGCAUCCCUCUUCCCUUGGGAAGGAUUUCAGAUGAAACUUCCACAUUUGGACUGUGCAAAAGAGUGCCUGCCACUCUUCUGAGCCUGCUGUGCGGAGGGGGUGGGGAUGGGUGGGAAGGGAAACAGAUAAAGAGUGAGACCAGUCUUGUCCCUUGGCAGCAGGCUGCCCUGUGCUCGUGAAUAUGCUGCAAAGGGGACUUCCCAGGAUGGAGACUGGUGGAAUUGUCUGUAGCCAUUUGUUGCCUGCUGGGUUGUGGAUGAGUAAUCUGUGUCAAAAGCACAGAGGCUGAUCCCUUGCUCAAGACUUGUGUUGAGGCUUGGCCAUGGCCCAUAGCCAUGCUGAUGUUGAUAACCCAGCUGGGCUAUCCCAAAUAAUGCACUUUGAAUUGCCGUUGGCUUUUCACCGCCAAAUAAUCGGGAUGUAGCUGAUGCUCUCAAGUUCUCAUAGCUUUUAGCUUCCUUUGGCUCUUAGAGCACAUUAAUCUGUUUUUUCUCAAGUCAUCUGACAUCCCUUAGGUCUUUGUGCCGCUGAAGGAUAAGUAGUCUCUUGCCAAACCAAUGUUCCAAAUCUCCUUUUGACUUUAUUCUUUGACACCGGAUCAUUGUCUUUGUCCCUUAACUGCAUCCCCACUGGAAGCCAGAGCUGGCCCUUCUGCAGACAGCACUGGGGCCACAGAAAUGUAGAAGAGUAGUGUGUUUAUCCUGGUUUAUAUUGUUGUGGACUCUCCCUGUGUAAUUUCCAUUUUGAUAGAACUUUGGCAGCUUGAACUUAGAGUGUUAAAUGUCAUUGAGCUUAUUUUAAAGCGGUAACUUAGGCUGAGUUUUUUUCUUUGAGGAGUUUGAAGCCUCAUUCUUGUCACUGCUAAUGGAAUUAGUGUGGGGUCAGACUGGAAAAGCUCAGCCCUACUACGUCAGGAUCAGUUCAUCAGUUGACAGUGGGGAAGGAAUGUGAAGUGCUUAUAGGAAUGUGAGAUUGUAUGGGUCAUGUUAUCUUUGAGAGAUUGGUGGUAGAGUGUCACAGCACGUUCUGGGAAGGUGGCUGCCUUUGGCAGGGGUUGGGCUUCACUCAUUAAGGGACCAUGCAAUGGAAGGAAAUUCCGAGUGGGUGCCACGUAAGACACCUCCUGUCAAGCAGGGACUUAACUCUUUUAUUUGAGGAUUUGGGAUGAGAAAGAUUCAGGUUUGCAGUUAUAUCAGCCUCACAGUUUGCCUUUUAUGUUGUGGCUCACUGGUGCAGCUAUGCAGCUGUCUAUAGCAGGAGCACGAGAAGAGGAAGUGAAAUCAGCAGUGCUGGUGCAUGUGCCAGUCUUCUUGGAACUGUCUGUGCUUGUCUUGUCCCUUAAAAAGCUGGAGCAGGUCUGGGUUCUGCCUUAUCAGUAGCAGUCUACUUGUGAUUUGCUGUGCAGAGACAUAAGCUCUCUGUUCUUCCCAGGAUGAGAUGUGGCUUCCUGUGGGGUUUGCUUGUACUUCAGUCUUUGCACUGUGACACAAAGCCAGCUCCUGGUAUCUCUUUCUGCAGCACAUCUUGCUGUGUGAGGCAUCUUCUACCUCUCCUAGCACAAACAGUAUGCAACUAGCCAAAGCAAACUUAUGCCCUCUCUUUUGGGGAGCUUCAGCACAGGAUGUCUAAAGCUGGUACAUAGUCUGUAUGUGGAACAGUAAUUUAUAAUGCUCUAUUUUCUCCCUUUGAUUUAAAAAGUGAAAAUAUCCUCAGAAACUUUAAUAGGUGGAGAAGGUAGUGACUCUACUUAGUUACAUUUCCACAGGCAGUGUGGGUGAGGUGGUGGGUGCUGUCUCCCACCAGCAUAACUGUGCCCUGAAGAGGUUUGAGUACGUGUAGCAGAGACUGAUUAGCACCAGAGCAUUUCUUCACCAGUGGCUGUUGCAGUCUGGGAGGCAAGACGGUGGGCAGCUGUGAUGCUGAUGCUGUCUGAGAGACACCAGAACAAAUACUAACUUGUGGCUGAAAAUAUCAGCCCACAGUCCUUCCUGAGUGUAGCUUAUCUUGUGUAAAACAAGGGCCUGCAUAGUUUAUGAAGUAGGCCUGCACUUACGGUCAGAUUUAUUCUUAAGCUUCACAUAGUUAAGGCAACUAGGGUGUAGAGGAAUCACUAUGGGGAGGAAGAGAAAAAGAAUAUAGAGGAUUCUGAAACCAGAUUGGGAAUAUAGGAUUAUAAAGCAUAUUGGUCUUGUAUUUUUAUUUUUUCUAAAGCCUGUGGGACAAGCUGAAUGCCAUAAAUGUAGUGAAGGUGAACCAGCAGCCAACUAUUGUCAGUUUGUGACAGCAGGAUAUGUUUGAGAUAAGGUGUUUGUGAUAUGGUGUGAGUGCUUAUUGUUUUCCACUCCUCUGGGCUACCUUCUUAGUUUGCUGAAUGUGCAUCUCCUGUCCCUAGUGUACAUGGAGCAAUUGGUGAGAAUGUGUAGCUGUUUAGUGGCAUGAAAUUAAAGCAUUGCAUCCAAAAGUAAAGCCAGAAGGGUAAAGCCAGACGAGGAAACCUCGUGCUUAGAGGCUGCUGCCCUCUUGGCUUUGCCUAUUUGUGUUAACAUAAGGGUGGAGAAAAAUGAUUGCAACUAUUUUUAUUUUUUCCUUCUUUCUGGACUGGUAAAACCACUGACUGAUUUAUGUAAACCACUAAACUGAACCAAAUUCUUUUGGCAAUAGUACAUGCUAAGAAAUUGCAGCUUGGCAUCCUCGGCCCCUGCUUUCCUCUUGUGUAUCACACCCAGCUGGGCUGGUGCCACUGUCUUCCAGUGCUCUGAUCCAGAAGGUUUGCUUUGCUGAUUCUGGUCCACGCAUUUCAACAGAGUAACUGCUAUGGCUGGUAAAAGGCCUGAAUUUCAUUCUCUUGCACCCCAUCUGCUGUUAGCUCCUUUCUGAGAUGUUAAUAUAAUAAACUUUUGUGCACUGCUGACUUUAACCACAAAUCAAAGCCUGGGUUUAAAUGUAAAGGCCUUUCUCUUCUGUGAGGAAACUCCUGUUUUCCCUACGUUAAUUUGCAGGGUGUGGAAGGAUACUUGGGAAAGUACCACUCUCUUAACCCUCUUUUUGCUUGUAUUCCCAAGUGGCUGUUGUGUGACAGCUUGUUGGUUUUGUAGAUUCAAGCUCAGGUAAAGAAAGUGAUCUGUCAAAAAUAAAUACCGCACACUGCCCUCUGCUUCCUUAGGAAGAGUUUCAUGAUUUCCUUGAAGUUCAUCACAGACUGCAAAGGAUCAAAAAGAUAAGAUCUUUUUGUACAUCAGCAAGCUGGAAGGAGAGAAUGUGUGGUUGGGAAGCCUGCUGGUAGUGGCCAGGGCCUGUGCUCUCUUGUAUGUGGUAUUUGAGAAGUCAGGAUCCUGGACCAAAAGUUCAUCUUGCAGCCCACAUCUGAAAUCCUUAUAAUAUUCACUUGAAUUUUGCAAGAGUUUCAACCCUUGCAGUUUCUAUUGUUUCACUUAAAAGAUCUGUGCAUUCAGGAAUCCAUUUUCUUUUUCUUCUUCCUAUGAUACGGACACUACUUGCUGCUUUUAACAUGGCUAACAAUCAACUUCUUGUGCAUCUAACAGGUCCCUAACCUGUACAACACGUGGUUCAAUGCUGUGCACAAUAGUGUGUAUCAAUGGCAUGCUCUGUAAACCCCCACGCAUGUGUGGUGUUUUGGAUUCGGUUUGCUGCCUGACCUACUGUUAAUAGUUCCACAGGUUGGUUUUUCAAGGGGUAGGAGGAAAUUCUUCUGCAGACUGUCAGUAGGACUUAGGAAAUGCUUUCUCGUGACUUCCUGGGGGAAGUCGUGUACAUGCAGCACUCAGAUUAGAGAAUAAGAGGGUGUUGCCAUCUGCCAGCUCUGGGGUUCCCCCAAGUUCUUAGAUGCUUACCACUGUUUUUGUCCAUUUUAAGAAUCUAAUCUAAUAAUCCAGUUUCCAAGCUUUCACUCCUUCUCUUGAGAGAAGAGCUGUCACUUCCAAAGUAGUUAUGGAAGAAACCCUGAAACUCUCUGCAUGCAUUUGUGUCUGUUUUCCUUAUGGGUCCAUUUCUACAAAGAGUAGGUGUGGGUGGCAGUGCUGCAUGUUGCCAAAGUUUGAGGGCCUUGUCAACAGUUCUUUCCAGCAGUUUUCUCGUCUUCCCAUUAAAAUGAUGAGGAAAUGGACCACCUUGGUUGAUCGCCACACCAGCCAGUUAGUUUGUGCCAAACUCACCCUGUGCCUUCACAGUGGGUUCUGCUUGCCCUACGUCCGUGAUGUGUCUGCCUUUCUGAAUGCACCAGGACUUGUUCCUUCUCUUCCUCCUUUCCCCUUGCCCACCCAUGGGACGCUUCUCUGCGCCCAAUCUGCAGGACGGUCUCUAACUGCAUCCAUCCUGCUGUGUGGCUGAGAUAGAAACUCAGCCAGGACUCUGCUGUUGUCACUGAGUUUAAGAAGCCCCUGAGGCACACCAAUGCGUGUGGAAAUCCUGUGGUAAUCACUGAUGUCAGAGCAGCAACUUGACCAGCAAUAGCAUAUGCAAGUGAUGUUAUUUACAUAGCAAAGUAUUCAAGUAGCGUUCUCGGUAAUUUUGAAAUUACAGUAUUAAACCGAUGCUUUUUUUCCUCCCGUUUCCUUUUUCUAAUGUUUUCUGGAGAAAAAAAGUAUUUAUUUUGGCAAAAAUAUAUCUUCUAAUAAAAACUUUCUCAAUGUA